GCUCACUUUGGCCAACAUAUCCGAAUUGUAUAUGUAACAUACAUAGCUUUUGCGGUUCACAUAAUAAAAUGUUUCCGGUUUGGGACUUACUCGCUUGUUAUGGAAUUGUUCUGACAUUUCUUACAACAAUAUGGUUCAUUCGACAUAUCUGGAAAUAUCUUAGGAGUUUUAUGUGCCCAAAAAAAUUUAACUUUCUCGAAACUGGAAAAUGGGCAGUUGUAACUGGGGCUACUGACGGUAUAGGUAAAGAAUACGCUUUGAAUUUAGCGAAAAGAGGAAUGAACAUCUGUCUGAUCAGCCGUAAUGAAACGAAAUUAGCAAGUGUUGCAGAUGAUAUCAGUAGACGUCACGAAGUGAAAACGUCAAUAAUAGCAGUUGAUUUCUUUGACAUAACCGAAAAAAUUUAUGAAGAUAUCUCUCUGCAAUUGGAAAAUUUGGAUAUUGGAGUUCUUGUUAAUAACGUGGGUGCAACUCAUGAUCAACAGUAUUUUCAUGAAAUUAAGAGUAGAACCUCUAUAAGAAAUAUCGUUCUCUGCAAUAUAUUUCCGCCAAUUAUGCUCACUCAUAUGGUCUUGCCAAAAAUGAUUGAGAAGAAAAGUGGAGUUAUUGUAAACAUCUCCUCUAUAGUAGCUUGCCAUCCGCAUCCAUUCAUUGCUAUAUAUACUGCUUCAAAGGCUUUUGUCGAUCUUUUCUCUAGGUCAAUUCGCGAAGAAGUUAAAUCGUAUGGUAUAACUGUUCAGACUGUUCUACCAUCAUUUAUUAGUACAAAACUUAUCGGAAACGCUAGACCAAGAAGACUUAUACCAAAGGCAUAUGAAUAUGUUGGCUCAGCUAUCAAGACUGUAGGAAAUGAAAGUCGAACUUAUGGAUACUGGAGUCAUGCUUUACUGGCCUAUUUAAUAGACUAUGUUCCCGUUACCUUUCACCCAUCUUCCUUUGUUAGUCCAAUGAUAAGUGUGAGGAAAAAACUAUUGAAAAUGAAGAAACGCUAAAAUACUGAUAGUCACGAUGCGAUCAUUUUAUUUUUAUUAAUCAUCAAUAAAACUAUAAAUAGAAUAUAAACCAAUAACAAAUGUUUCCGUGUUUUUCGACAUUUGAUUAGUUCAAUUAAUGGCACGUGGUGUCUCCACUGUUCGGGUAGAUUAGCUAUGCCCUCUACCGCCGUCUGCAACAACUCUCUAAGGAAUAAUUAAGAAGAAAUUGUAUGGAAAGUAAGUCUAAAAUAGGCCUUUAAUCGUCCACAUAUGAGCCUACUUAUAGCCAAAUCAAAAACGAAAGCAAGAGAAAAUCGUCCGACUUUGGCGUGCGCCGUCUCUAACUUCCGGCCCAAACGACGCCCGGAAACGUGUGACAUGGCGUCUACGCACGCUACGACAUCCUGUCGACAGUAAAUUGUGUCCGAUGACGUCUAAUUGGCGCCGUCGCUAUUGUACGCCCGUCAACAGGUGCUCAGAGACUCCCGGCGUAAGUCACGUGACACGUGGAACUUGGCUCUCUUCUGUUCUAAUGGACGUUAGCUGUGGGCGGUCUUGAUAAAAUUAAAGAGUUUAUCGAUAGAUGGCGUAUAAUAUAUAACCCAAAAAGAGUUUUUUUUUUUUU